AUAGACACGAGAAUUAAUCAGCACAUUGAACAACCUACUGUUAGCCAGAUGUAAUGCUAACGUCAACUUGAAUAGAGACAGGGGGUUUGCUAUUCGGAAACGUGAAUAAACUUGUGUCCAGUGGCAUUCAGCUAGCUCACGAUUUCCCUUUCGCGUAGUUACCUCUUAAUCAAUUUCGAGCAAUAGUGGAACGAUGUGUUGGUUGUACGUGCAAACUCGUGUAAUGUUAGACUCAUUCUUACGAGUCACCAUUGAUUUCCGUGUUUUCACCAUUGGUUCAAGGCUUAAAUACAUAGCCCAUGCUACUUGGUGUAGAGCUCUAGUGUACAUCCUGUGUCCUUUUUACGCAGAGACCACUACUUGUCUACCGUGUCGUUUUCCAUUUGCUAAUACCGAGAACAACAUUGCAUACCGUUGACCUAAUGAGACGAGACAAUACUGAAAUUGAGGAAUGGUCCUCAGAAAAUGGGGGCUGUUCUGAAGUCACACCGUUUCGAUGCUGGCAAGCAAACUUACAACAGCCAAAGAGAACAUAAUGUGAUUGCAGCAACGCACCAGAGGUUGAGCGUGAAGAUCAAUGAUCAUAAAAUAUGCGGGGCCUUUACAAUUCUGUUAAAGUAUUACUUCAGGUGGCAGAUAUUCUGACAUGAUUCCUCCCCCUCGUAGGCAAGGCUACAGUAAGCCAUGCGAGGAGGGAGGAGGACGUUGAGAUAGAUGGUAGAUCUAGUUCAUUUGGUCGAAGUUGAUCCGAGGAUGACAGUCACCGGGUAUUGAGCGCAUCAACUCAAAUGAACACCUCAACCUUCAAAGGGUCUUUCAUUCUCAUUCACUGGGAUUAUUCGAUUAGGCACGGAUACGGUUGGUUUGGAAAAUUACAAGAACGAGGAUAAUAGGUUUUUUACUCCCCCUUUAAACUGUCAUUAAUCUCGGUGGAGCUUCUCAGCAUGGAUUACCUGGAAGGUGUGAGGAAGCGGGUGCCCAACGGCUGGAUGGCUCAGUUUGAAGAGGUGAUGCAGCAGCAGCUGGAGAGCUCCCUCCACACGGAGCUGGAGAAACUCCAGAGCACCGCUAAGCCCGAGGAGGCAGAGGUUUCCAGGAAGGACUUUGAGGGCUUCAAGAAGCUCUUUCAUCGGUUCCUCCAAGUCAAGGGACCAUCGGUGGAAUGGCCGAAAAUCAAUAGACCUCCAGAAGACUCGAUCCAGCCGUAUGAUAAGAUCAAGGCCAAGGGACUGCCGGAUAACGUGGCCGACAGCCUGAACAAGCUGGUGGUGGUCAAGCUGAACGGAGGCCUGGGCACCAGCAUGGGCUGCAAGGGCCCCAAGAGCCUCAUCAGCGUGCGCAACGAGAACACCUUCCUGGACCUCACCGUGCAGCAGAUAGAGCAUCUGAAUAAGACCUACAAUACUGAUGUUCCCUUGGUCCUGAUGAACUCCUUCAACACAGACGAGGACACCAAGAAGAUCCUGCAGAAGUACACGCACCACCGCGUCAAGAUACACACCUUCAACCAGAGCAGGUACCCACGCAUCAACAAGGAGUCUCUGCUGCCGGUGGCGAAGGACAUGGGCAUGACGGGCGAGGGUGGCGUGGGCGAGGUGUGGUACCCGCCGGGCCACGGGGACAUCUACGCCAGCUUCUACAACUCGGGCCUGCUGGAGCAGCUGAUCGCCGAGGGCAAGGAGUACAUCUUCGUGUCCAACAUCGACAACCUGGGCGCCACCGUGGACCUGGCCAUCCUCAACCACCUCAUGUCGCAGCCCAACGGCAAGCGCUGCGAGUUCGUCAUGGAGGUCACCGACAAGACGCGCGCCGACGUCAAGGGUGGCACCCUCAUACAGUAUGAUGGCAAGCUGAGGCUGCUGGAGAUCGCCCAGGUGCCCAAGGCCCACGUGGACGAGUUCAAGUCGGUCUCCAAGUUCAAGAUCUUCAACACCAACAACCUGUGGAUCUCGCUGGCAGCCAUCAAGAGGCUGCAGGAGCAGAACGCACUGGACAUGGAGAUCAUCGUCAACCCCAAGACGCUAGACGGUGGUCUGAACGUGAUCCAGUUGGAGACGGCGGUGGGGGCGGCCAUCAAGAGUUUCGACAACGCGCUGGGCAUCAACGUGCCGCGUAGCCGCUUCCUGCCGGUCAAGACGACCUCUGACCUCCUGCUGGUGAUGUCCAACCUGUACAGCCUGGAGGCGGGCUCUCUCACCAUGAGCCAGAAGAGGGAGUUCCCCACCACGCCACACGUCAAACUAGGCAGCUCAUUCACCAAGGUGCAGGAGUACCUAACGAGGUUUGAGAGCAUCCCCGACAUGCUGGAGCUCGACCACCUCACCGUCUCCGGAGACGUCACCUUCGGAAAACACGUCUCACUCAAAGGUACCGUCAUCAUCAUCGCCAACCACGGAGACAGGAUCGACAUUCCGGCCGGUUCCAUGCUGGAGAACAAGAUUGUGUCAGGGAACCUGCGCAUUCUGGACCACUGAAGGCCUUGUGGGGACUUUGCUAGGAGCCCUAAACCCCUACCCUACCCCUUUCACAGAGGCCUCCACACCACAGCCCCACACAUGCCUCUCUCUGCUACGACCUUCACCUGCCCUUCACAAUCACGGGCGACGGUCUGUCUGUCUGUCACAGAGAGAGAGAGAGGCACUGGUGCCACACACGACUACAUUCAUUCCAUGUCUCCCCCUGACUGUAAAAAAGAGAUUUUAUUGUAUCUGUUUAGUGUUACAGAGAGAGAUUUUUUUAUUAUUAUUUUAAGCAAAACAAUUCUAGGCUUCCCACUUUAAAUGUAAAUCCAAAUCCUGUCAGACUCUUCAGCGUUGUGACAUUCCCCAUUCAUCACAGGUUUUAGCAAUCAUGACCACCUCACCAUUUUUCUCCUCACACAAUCAAAGGAAUUACUUCUGUCGUAAUACCAAUUUAUGUUGCUGUUAUUGUUUUUUUUUUUUACAAAACAACAGCUCACUUGACUUGUGUGAAAUGUGAAUGUUGUCUGCGGUACGAGAGUCUCCAAGCAAUAAGUGCAUCUUCACGGCAACUGCGCUGGCAGAGGUGUCUUAAGUAGAAGUAUGUGGAAGCACUGUUACGGAUGUAAUUACAAGACUAGUAGUGUGAUAUUGCAUAGUUUCAACUACUUCUACUUAAUACUGCUGUAGAAAGUCAAAGUGCAGUAACUACGUACUUGAGUUUAGACUGAAAAUGGUCUUCAGAACACCUCAUUUAUCUUGUGACACAACCUUUAUGGUCCAUAUGUGUCCUGUUUUAGAGAUAUUGUUCUGUCAAAUUUGCCGGUUCUACAAUAGCCAACAUAAUAGCAGUACUUUGAAGACCUUUCUCUCAGUUUCAAUGUUCAAUGUAGUCACUGCACUUUGCCUUUGUAGGGCGGAAUACAUCUCUGGCUGUUGGUUAACUUAGAGCUGAACGUGACCUCACCUGUCUGAGCCUGUUCGGGAUGCCUGUUCUGUCCUUGGAACAUAUUAAACAAGUGCAAUAUGGAUUUCAACAUG